ACGAACCCCUCUCUCUCUGUUUCCCUCUCCCUCUCUCUCUCUCUGAGAGUGAGGACUGAGCUUCUGCUGAUCCGUUAGGGUUUCGACGGCCGGAGAGCGGUUUUCCGUUCCGAAUUUCCGGUCAUCAAGUUAGCGAGCUGUAGAUGAUCGGCGGAAGGGAACCAGAUUCUUGGUAAGAACUGUGGUUUUUUGGUGGGAUAUCUCCGCGGAAGAGAACGGGAACCCGCUCCGUCUUCUUUCUUCUCCCACUGCCGAGCUCCGUCUCUUGGACGCCUGGAUCGCGACACGUAGCUCUCCUGCGGUUGUGCGGGCAUGGGAUGCGCGUUAGGGAGGCCGGCGGCGGACGGGGCCGACGGGUUGAAGCCGGAGAGAUCGGCAGUGUUCUCAGGACGGAAGACAGAGUCGCUGAAGCUCGAGGAUGCUUCGGAGGCUGAGAGAGCGAAAGGUGUCGGAGAGAAGGGGCGGGAGGCUGCAGUAGCACCGGCGGAGCGGCGGGAGCGGCGGAGGGUGAAGUCGAAUCCGCGGCUGAGCAACCCGCCGGGACACCUCCAUGGCGAGCAGGUGGCCGCCGGCUGGCCGGCAUGGCUAUCGCAGGUCGCUGGAGAGGCGAUCAACGGGUGGGUUCCACGGCGUGCCGAUUCGUUUCAGAAGCUGGAUAAGAUAGGUCAAGGGACGUACAGCAACGUUUACAAAGCGAAGGAUCUCGUCACCGGAGAGAUCGUGGCGUUGAAGAAGGUGAGGUUCGAUAAUCUGGAGCCAGAGAGCGUGAGGUUCAUGGCAAGAGAGAUCCUUGUUCUCAGGAGGUUGGAUCAUCCAAAUGUGGUUAAACUGGAGGGGUUGGUGACAUCUAGAAUGUCUUGCAGUUUGUAUCUUGUGUUCCAGUAUAUGGAGCACGAUCUUGCUGGGCUCGCCGCUUGCCCCGGCAUCGAAUUCACGGAGCCUCAGGUUAAAUGCUAUGUACACCAGUUACUCUCUGGCCUUGAGCAUUGUCAUAACCGAGGUGUCUUGCAUCGUGACAUCAAGGGCUCAAAUCUACUUCUUGACAAUGGAGGAGUUCUGAAAAUUGCUGAUUUUGGAUUAGCUUGUUUCUAUAAUCCUGAUCAUUUGCAGCCCAUGACCAGUCGGGUUGUAACUCUUUGGUAUCGGCCUCCGGAGCUUUUACUUGGGGCGACCUAUUAUAGUGUAGGUGUCGACCUUUGGAGUGCAGGCUGCAUUUUAGCAGAAUUGCUGGCUGGGAAGCCGAUAAUGCCUGGACGGACAGAGGUGGAGCAGCUGCACAAGAUCUUUAAAUUAUGUGGCUCACCAUCAGAGGAGUAUUGGAAGAAAUCAAAGCUACCACAUGCAACAAUUUUUAAACCACAGCAACCUUAUAAACGCUGUAUCUCAGAGACAUUUAAAUCUUUUCCUCCAUCUUCACUUCCUCUUGUUGAAACCCUUCUUGCAAUCGACCCCAAUGAACGAGGCACUGCAAGUGCUGCGUUGAAGAGUGAAUUCUUCACUACAAAGCCAUAUGCUUGUGAACCAUCCAGUUUGCCUAAAUAUCCUCCAAGCAAGGAGAUGGAUGCUAAAUUAAGGGAUGAAGCCGCUAGAAGGCAAAGAGGUCUUAGUGGAAGAGGUAAUGGUGGUGAUGCUGUAAAGAAGGCCCGGCCUCGUGAAAGAAGUAGCAGGGCUGUGCCAGCACCUGAAGCAAACGCUGAGUUGCAAGCAAACUUAGAUCGGAGGCGUUUAAUAAACCAAGCAAAUGCUAAGAGCAAGAGCGAAAAGUUCCCACCUCCUCAUCAGGAUGGAUCUCUUGGCUUCCCCAUGGAUCCAUUGAAUCAGGAGCAGUCCUUUGAAGCAUCGGAUGCAUCAUUCACUUCAACGACUUUCUCUUUUGCCAAAGCACCAGCAGUGUCAUGGUCUGGUCCAAUAGCUAACCCUGUGACUACGGGGCCUGCUCACCGCUCAUCAGCAUUUAUUUCGAAGCUCACCUCAGCUGGGUUUCCUAUGAGCCUCAGGAAAGACAAAGUUGAUGGGGCAAGGACAAAAGGUAAAGAGAGAGUCUCAGAAGUUUUUGGUGGUGGUGGUAACGUGUAGAAAAAUCUGCAAUAGAGGUAUCAUUUCCUGGAGUUACAACUCGUAUUGGUUUUCCCCUCCUACCAUUAUUUUUGCACUCGUGAGGCCAUUGCCGGCAGUAGGUGGUGCCAGUCAUGGCGAAACCUGCCAUGAUCUUCUCUCCUGUGAAUGUGUACAGUCAUUGGAAGCCAGGUAGGGCAGCUACAUAGGAACUUGCUAUCAUCUGGCGAGGUGAAUACUAUUUUUGCUGCCUCCCUUCUGUUUUUUUCCUCUUCUCAAUUAGCUGUUUUUUUCCUCUUCUCAAUUAGCAGCUUCUUUUAUUGUAAUCCUUGGAAUGCUCCAUAGGCUAAGGUAGAUCAUCAAUCAUUUUGUUCCUUAUGUUUCUCUUUGCCUAAAAGAAUGGAAAAUCAUCUUUCUGGGGGUUCGUUCCCUCAACAUUGGGAAAUCUUGGUCUCUUUGCUGUUGUAGGAUCAAGAAGUAUCUUGAGAAAGAGUACAAAUAAGUGUAUAAGCUUUCAUCUC